AUGCCUGCCCUGAGAAAAUGGUGGUGUCUGCUGCUACUGGAAAACUACACUCUUGACGGUGAACCAGUCUUCACACACUGGACAGCAGAAGGCAAACGCCUGCUAAGAGGGAAUUUUUCCCCAGUGUUGAGGCUGAAGAGAAGACGUGACCAGGAAUCUGAGGGCGAUGGCGUCGCAGCAAAAGUGUUGCGUGCAUCCACAUACAUCGUGGAGUGUUCGGAUUCAGCGCACUCCAGCAAAGCACAGUCAAGACGCUGUCUGACUGAAGACAGUAGUGUCUGUGUUUUCCAGAUAGCCAUCAAUGGACAAAGGCUCUUAUACCCAGAUGUCAAGCCAGAAUGGCGACAGUGCACCAUGUGUCGAAAGUGGCUGCAUGAGGACUGCUUGGGCCCUGGUGUGCGAGGCACUUUUUCAUGUGGCUGUACAAAGACUGUUGAUGUCAAAAGGAUAUUGGAUGCUGUUGAGACAGGGGGGUUUCAGGCGGUGUAUUCUAUGCACCAUAUUAAGACCCUCCAUGAUGACCUUCUGUCUGGGAGCAGACGAUCCAACAGGAUGUUCCUGUGGAAGUAUCCUGUCUCCCUUGCUCUACUGGUGCAUCUGAAAAUGAAGAUGCUACUGUUCAGUGAGGAACGGUCCCACGAAAUCUUGAAGGCCAUUGAAGCGGCAAUUGGCAUGACACCAGGCAGUGGGGCCCGUGACAACUUGUUCAGGGAUGCUGAUUUUGUCAUGGAUGUGAUGUUCCCAGAGGUGCUCAUUAAUAUCCUGGAGUGUGGUGGCUGCGGAAGGCAUGAGGCUGAGCUGCUUCUAGCAACUUGUCCAUUUUAACCUGGGAGCAAUAUUUUAACGAGAUGUUAUAAAAUUGCUGUUACCAGAAUGGCAUUACUAAAGGCCCUGUGUUAUGUCAUAGUAUUGUAGUACUAUGGUACUUAACUUUUCAAUGACUAGCACACGAUGACCGUUUUGGCACUUGAUGCACUCAAGCACUGUCACUUUUACCUAGUAUGCACUUUUUGGUGGGGAAAUCUGCAGCUACUACUGAAUGUUGCUCUCAAAAAAACUGUUGCCUUUUUUUCUUUCCCAUGACUUGACUCUUGAAUUGGAUCUGUGAUUGUGUGUGUGGGUAUAAUAAAGGAUAUAAAAGGAAAAGCAAAUGUUCUGAGUUUAUUCAAUUCCCACUCAGCUCUCACAAGUGUUACUACAUUUGCAAAGAUUUUUUUUUUUCUUGCCUGAACUUUCUUUCAUAGUAAAGGAAAAGGGCUUAAUGCAAAAAGAAACAGUCUAUGCAACUGCAUCCAUUUUAUUUAACCACAAUUUACAAACUCUUCGA